AAUUGUGAUUUCUUCGAGCAGUUAAUCGAACCGAGGGAUCGGAAGGAUUCGGGCUUCAUCGAGUCUUGUGUCACAUUCGAUUGCGAAUGAGUCUGAUUGUGCAGCACCGAUUGUACGUUUUGAUCCUCAAAGGCGCGAAGCUGAUAAUGGUUUGUAUGAAUUAAAUAGAAAUACAAGAUGAAGUAUGUGAAGCCGUCGAUACUUUUUCGUGAUUUGUUGAAGAGAGAUGAACUUAAACAUAGCCGUUUGCUUGGUUUGGAUGUUGGUGAUAAGUAUGUUGGUUUAGCCGUAUCUGACCCAGAUAAUAAAAUCGCUUCCCCUCUUAGUGUUUUGUUAAGGAAGAAGAACACAAUGGAUUUGAUGGCUGAGGAUUUUCAGAAAUUGAUCUCUGAAUUUUCCCUGGCGGGGUUCAUUGUUGGGUACCCUUUCGAUAGACUACGGAAAAACACGGAAGCUAUCCAAGUGAAAAUCUUCAUCGAUGACCUUUGCAAAACUGGAAAACUUGAAGGCGUAAAAUAUACUUUUUGGGAUGAGGGCUUUACAUCAAAGAAUGUGGAACAAAUGAUAAAGCCAUUAAACCUGCUCCCCGCUGUGUCAAAGACAAUGCUGGACAAAUUUGCUGCUGUUGGAAUACUUCAGGGUUACUUGGAUUAUUUUAACAGAAGACCGGAAUUGAGCGAGACGUAGAGUAAUGUGGACUAUAUGGGAUCAGACAUCGAUGCUCCCUUCUUAGUAGAGGAUGGAACAUUUUGUUUUGAAGCUCUCGGUUCUGAACUGGCGAUGGAUAGGCAUUGAUGAAUUGAUAUUAUUGUCAAUUUUAUCUUUAAAGGGUGAAUUAUCUGCUCACAGUCGACUAAUCAGCUAAUGGGGUUCCUUUUAUGUAGACUUUUUCCUGGGGGAAUUCUAUCGAGUGCUUGUUUCCAUGUUUGUUUAUUUCUAAAUUAUUGCUAAUGACAACAAUUGUUCCGUAUAGUUUGUCUAUAUUACAAAUCAACCUCUUGUUUUAAAAA